GGGCGCCCCACAUUGACAAGACAGUAACAUUCAUUCAAAAGAAAUAUCUGUUCAUGAGCCCCAGUGGGGGGUCGACCCAAGACAGACAGUCUGACUGACCGUCAGUUGCAACAUGACUGUCCUGUCCUGUUCUACGUGAGUAGUUAGCGCGUGUGAUGGUGAAAAGUGAGCUGGAAAGUGGGUGCUGUUUAAAUAUAUGUGGGAUGUUCCCACGUAGCUAAGUAACUGUUGCCAGUUCAUUUACCUUCUUGUGCUUGUGGUGCUUGUCAUCUGCAGUUGCUAAACAUUUCGGUUGGAAAGAGAAGUUGCGUGUGGUCUGUGUGAUAGGGCGCUUAGUGAAGUUGUGGAGUUUUUCACAUCUCGAGGAAAGUGUUAAUAACAGUGUGUGUAGUUAGAUUUGACAUCAUUUCAAAAUGGAGAGUAAAACAAAAUCUAGACAGGAAAUUAAUAUAGAAUCUCCGAAGCCUGAUACGCGGUCCACAGACAGAAAGAGACUGCAUUUCUCUUCAUCUGAUACAUCUAGGACAUGAGGCGCAUAUAUACCUCCUGCCAAGUUAAGAAUGAUGCAAGCCCAAAUUAUGGACAAAUCUGGUGCCUCAUAUCAGAGGAUAGAAUGGGAAGCACUGAAAAAAUCUAUACAUGGGCACAUCAAUAAGGUGAACACUGGAAAUAUUGCUAUUGUCGUGUGAGUGUUGCUGAAAGGAAAUAUUGUCGGGGUGAGGGCAACUUUGUUGUUCAAUAAUCCAGACGCAAGCAGCAUCAGUGACGUUCAGCCAUGUUUAUGCAGCGUUGGUAGCAGUUAUCAACUCCAAGUUCCUAAAUAUUGGAGAAUUGCUGCUGAGACGGCUUGUCAUCCAGUUCAGACGUGGUUUCAAGCGCAAUGAUAAGACCAUUUGAAUUUCUGCUGCAACAUUUUUUGCUUACCUUGUAAACCAGCGAGUGGCUCAUGAUAUUUUGGCUCUGGAGAUCCUAACUCUUCUUGUGGAAACUCCAAUGGAUGACUCUGUAAAAGUAGCAAUAGCAUUUCUGAAAGAAUGUGGCAUGAAAUUAAUGGAAGUGUCAAAUAAAGGAGUUCUUGCCAUCUUCGAGAUGCUAUGUAAUAUAUUACAUGAGGGACAGCUUGAUAAAAGCGUAAAAUACAUGAUUCAAAUGAUAUUCCAAGUGAGAAAGAAUGAAUUUCGUGGUCUAAAGGAAUUAAACCUUGUUGAAGAAGAGGAUCAGUUUACACAUCUUGUCACAUUAGACGAUGCCAAGGAUUCAGAAGACAUUCUUAAUGUAUUCAAGUUUGGCCCAGAAUAUGAAGCCAAUGAGAAGAAGUAUAGUGCUCUCAGAAAAGAGAUUCUAGAUGAAGGCAAUAGUAGUUCAGAAAGUGUCUCAGGUUUAGAAGAAGAAAAUGACUCAGAAGAAGGAAGUGAAAAUGGUAAGCUACAAAUUAAUUCUUAUGAUUUAUUAAAUUGGCAAAAGUGUCAUGUUUGUAUACUGUCAUGCAGCUCCACAAGUGAAGCAUGAUCCCUUUUUCAUAUUUAUGUCCUUUUCAUACUACACAAUUUUAGGUCAACAGGAUAUUUUUUGGUAGAAUUUACACCUAGUAAUUGUUCUUUGUUCAUGCAU